GGAGUUUCCUGUGCAAUAACAACACAAUCGAGACAAAAAACAUCUAAAGGAAACACGAUUAUUUAAUUAUUACAAUAGCAUCAAUCCUUUAGAAAUGGCAUCAAAACUUCUUUUGUUUCUUUUCCUCUUUGCUUUAGGUGAAACACAGGCAGAUUAUGAGUGUAGUAUACAAGUGAUCGAAGAAAAAAUUCGACACUGCUUUGAAAAUUUUGUGACAAUGUUAUCCGAUCGUCCUUCAGAUGUUGAAAUCUGUAGAAAAGUGGAAGCUCCCAUAAACUGCUUGAUAGAAAUCACUAAUGAAUGUCUAAAUGAUGAAGAGAAGCCAGAAUUAGACCCUUAUAUUCAAUCACUGAUAUCCAAAUAUAACGAAAAUUGUGGCUAUAUUUUGGCUGAAAAUUGUGUGCAGGAAAAUAACGAAUUCAUAAUGCAGUGCCUUGUCGAAGACAAAUUGAAAGUAAUUGCGCAUCUGGAGGCAAGACUUGAUGUAGCAGUCUACAAAUGCACUUGGUACAACUUGAUCGUUCAAUGCAUCACAGAAAGAACUGAAGAUAAGUGUCCAGAAAAAGGCAAUGAUUAUAUGAGUGAGAAAUUAGAAGGCACUCUACAAAAAAUAAAGCAAUUGUGUGACAAACAAAAUUCAUCCUAUGGAAUUGAAUUUAUCAAUUUCGAAUCUCUGUUCGAAAAGAAGAAGAAAUAGAAAGCCUUUUUACUGGUUUUUUUAUAUUUAUAAUAACCGUAAGAGUUAAAAUAGUUUCUUUCUGCAUGUGUACAACAUCAUAUUAAAUGUUAAAGAAAUAUUGGUUUUAUUAGUGUCCUAAAAUUAAAGUACUUGUGUCAAUAAAGUGAUAAGCCACACUUUUUAAAAUGAAUACAUUUUUCCAACCAACUUUUCCCUAGUAAUGUUUCCAAUUCCAUAUCCCAAGAUCAAAGUUCCAAAUACAGAUUGAAAAUGAGAUUUUUACAAAAAAAAAAACGUAGCUUAGAGGGAAAUAAAUUCACAUAUGCGAUUAAAAAAUGUUUUUUUUUUUAAAUUUCAAAAUAAUUAAACUUAAGCCAUUUUGUCUAAUCAUUGUCUAUAAUUGAUAAAUUUUAGCUGUCAGCAUUUUUAGCAUAUAGUAAAAUAUAUUCUAGCUCACAAUUCUUCACAUUUUUUUCAUGAACCAAAUUAUUCUAGACUCAAAGAAUUCUAUAUUUAUAUGUCAUAAAACUGUCUGAAGGGUUGCUUUACAUUUGUUAACUUUCUUAUAGCUUUUCAUUGUAAUUAAAAAAAAUAAAUAAUUAAAUUGUACAAAAAGUUUUCCAAUGCAUUAGACGCUGGAUCACAUUGUGUUAAAGUAAUACACUUACUUUUUUUCGUACUAAUAAAGUAUUUCAGAGAGAGCAA